CUUUGCAACCUGUAUUGAAUAUGAUUAGCAUUUAGCACAGAAUAUCGUGACGUAUUUCACAUUCGCCAUUCUUUUCUGUCUUCCUAAAAUUUAUUUCGAAGUAAACGUCCUAAAGUGAGCAUAUAUGCAUGGUUAAAUAUCAAUUUAUAACACCGCAAUAUCAAGAUUCAUCCCAAUGGUACUAAACAGCCACACUGGCUUUCUUUUUGAAUGACCGCUACCUGAAUGCAAAAGAUGGUGACUUUGUACAGCUGAUUAUAAGUGAUGUCAACUUCUGGCUGAAGAAUUUAGGCGAGAAUUUAGAUAGGGUUCUUCUGUUUCCACCUGUAGAUAACUAUCAUCGUUUACUAAUUCACCAAACAGCCCAGGAUUUUCCAAACGUCUGUUCCUUCUCCAUUGGCCAGGAGGAGGAGCGCAGAACAGUAGUCUGUCUUCAGCAGACUAUUCUAAGGGCUAUUGAGAAUCCACCUGUGCUGAAGGCCAAAAGUUCGGGGAUGUCAGGUAAAUGGGGACAUGAUGGAUAUUCCGACACAAGGGAAUCGUCCCCCUCAUAUGGGCGUGGCAGAGCAAGAUUGAAUCCUGACCGAGAGCCGUCUCCAUCCUGUGGCCGGGGCAGGGCCAGGCCUGGUAGGGGAAAUCAAUUAGCAUCUAGAGAUCAUUUAAAGCCAGGGGGUGAUAAAGAGUCUCCAUAUGUAACUGAUGAAAUACCAAAUAUCAAGAAAGAUGUGGAAGGUACAAGAAGUAAAAAGAAAAGACCUGAGGUGCAAGUUUAUGUUCCAAGACAUAGGCGAAUGCAGGAACAAACUGAGGACAACAUCAGCAAAUAUGAACAGAUGUCAAAAGAAAAAUCAAAUGUAUUUCGAGAAGAACAAAAUUCAUCAUCUCUCUCUAGUCCUAGUGAACUUGGGAGACCAAGCAAGAAACCCAAGACAGUGUCUCAAGUCUACAUCCCAAGACCCAAACGUCAGCAACUUGAGGAGGAGAGCAAACAAUCACCAGUUCAAGUUGCAGCUCCCAACACACACACUGAAGCUGCAGCUACAAGUUCACCAAUUGAUGAAUCAAUAAUUAUUCACGAUGCAGAAGAUGACAUGAAGACUAAGCGACACAAGCACAAGAAACAUAAACAUCGGAGCAAGUCACGUGACUCAGGGAAUGAGAAGUAUUCUCAAAAUGAUUAUGCCAAUGGUUGUGAUGAGGAGAGAAGAAACAGGGAUAGAUCUGCAGAAACAAUAGACUCUACUUCUAGGCACAGAAGUCAUUCUAGAGACAAGUCAAAGAAGAAAAAGAAGC